AUGUCACAACCCCUAGAUCAAGUGUACCAAAAUCCUAUGAUGACCAGCCGGCCUGAAUCGUCACACUCUAAUGGUUCGUUCGGGCCAGUUUUCGUUGUCCUAGCCGUGAUUGUGGUCAUAUCCGCGGUGGCUUGCGUCCUUGGCCGAUUCUGCAGCAAGCGGCACAACCGGGCAAUGGAUGGGACCCACAAACAGUCCAAGCCCAGUAAGCAAAGCCAUGGGCUUGGCCCGAAGGAGUGGGAAUCCAGGCAAAAGCCCAGUUUCAACAUGAGAGAUGGCGACAUUGAGUUUGGGUUCGAAAAGAAAAUUCAUUCUGGCAAAGGAGCUAAAAAUGGAGGAAAAUCUCACAAGCCAACACAUUUUAAUGGUGCUCAUGGACCAGAGAUCAAAUUUGCAAAUAAUGUGUCGCGAGCGAGUGACUGUGGGUGGACGAUAGUGCGCCUGGCCUUGUCGGUGCUCCGCUUGCCUCGCCGGUGCUUUGUCUGCCUCACCGGUGAUAGUGCUGCAUUUAGUGGAAGCCGGUGA